AUGGCAACUAUCCCCUCAGUCCCAGAGUCCGCUGCUGACAAACAUGAUGUCCGCUGGCCCCCGUUGUUGCCACAACAAGACGAGUCAAAGUCGUCGUUCUGGCAGGCUGACGGGUCUUUCAGCUGUGACUGGGCAGCCCUAAGGGCAGGCGAAGCAUUCUGCUCUUCCGUGAAUGCUUGCUGCGCGUUCUGUCUUUCGCGGGCCCUCGGAGGCCCCUCAGAGAUGACCUACGCCUUGCUGGAGAAGCUGCGCGCAGGGGCGAAAAUGGCAAUCAAGGAAGAAGUUGGCCAUCUUAUUCAAACGGUCAAGGCUUCGGCUGCGAGCGGUGCAGUUGCUGCAGGGCAAGACGGCAGCAACGCCUCGGAGGCCCCGGAGGAUUUGACCCAGCAGCUUCUCAAGCAUCCGGCACUGCAGGCAGUGGCAUUUUUGAGCGUACACGAACGUCGCUUGGCUGUAUUUGAGUUGUCGGCUGAGCUGUUGAACAAGCAGCAGCGGCUCCUUCUGGCGACUGAAAGGGUAAGGGCCCUUGAAAAAAUUCGCGAGGACCCAACUUUUGGUAUAGUUGAGCGUGCACAGCAACAGCUGCCACCCUCGUCCAUUGACGCCAACAUCGCCACCUACAAAGAAAGCCUCAGCUUCAUCGCUGACAAGUGCAACAAACUCGCUCACUUGACGCAGUUAAUUCAACAACAAUAUCCGCAACCCCAAAUAGGUCUGGUGAGGCCCAGUUGGGAGGCGGGACAACUCGUGGGAACUGCCGGAGAUACCCUUCAUGCUCCAGCCGACUCUGGUCUGCUUGGCGCUCUGCGAGAAUUACAGACGCCUCACGCGUCGAUGCAUUCUCCCCAUUCACUACGUGCUCGAGGCUCUUCGCAUGGCGCUUCACCUGUCGUGCAGACAGAAGACCUCGGCGCAGCGCCUCGAUGUCGGAAGCCACCUGUAGGUGACGAGGAUGCCAGACCAAGGGGUCAACAAAAAGGUGCGCCUGCCAGUGGCAGGAGGAACCGCUCCCCCAUUCGUCCCGGCAACCAGAGAGCUACGAGAGAGCCCCCUGUCAGCUCGGCGCGUGGAGGAGUUCCCCCUGCGUCGCUGACUUCCCCAAACAGCCGUUACACGAACAACGGCUCUAUGGAACCAGGCAACAACAAACGGACUCGGGAGCCUGAGGAGACAGCUCUCAAGAGCGGCUGGAGGCGAGCACUCCCUUCAGCUACCAGGCACGCCGAACUGGAUAUGGACGCCGAGGCCGGAUGGCAAUCUGCAGAGCCCACAACGAGAGGAGACCCAAUGAAGGAGGCGGUCUGGGUUGAUUCCUUCUUGCGCAGACGUCCCGAAACUUGA